AUGGUUUUUCUAUUUCAAAAAAAAUUAACGCCAACGAAUACUAUUCGUAAAGAACUUAAAAAGAUCUAUGGAAUUAAUUCUUUUUUAGCAAACCAAAUCUGUGACCAGUUAGGCUUGCAUACCACUGUAACUGUGGGUGCGUUAUCUCUGGAUCAAACAGAAAAACUUGGUCGAAUUCUUCAAUAUUAUUAUUUAACCGAACACGACUUAAAGAAACAAGUGCAGGGAAAUUUUCAACGUUUCAUUCAGAUUGGGUGUUAUCGAGGAUUUCGUGUCACACAACGUUUACCACUUCGAGGGCAAAGAACGCAUACAAAUGCGAAAACCGCUAAACGAAUUUUAAGAGCGUAA